UCUAUUGUCAAAUUAAUUUCAGCUGGUCAAUAUUUGUGUGUUUCUGUGGAGUUUUACUAACUAAACAAUUCAAUUCAUUGUUAAUACGCAAAGAUGGAGUUUCCACCUUGUCCGGCCUCUUUGAAAUGUAUUCAACACUUUUUAAAAUUGGCACAAGAGCAUGACAAUCGCGAUGUUGUUAUCUCGUACUGGGCCAGACUCUAUGCACUGCAAGUUGGUCUCAAGGCAUCCACACAGAGCGCCGAGGAUACUAAACUCUUGUUGGCUAUAAUGGACUGGCUGGAGCAAAUGAAGAAAACACAUGCCGAUAAUGAAGCAUUAACAAACGAUAUCGCUGCUCAGGCUCAUAUUGAGAAUUAUGCUCUAAAGUUGUUUUUAUAUGCCGACAAGCAAGAUCGUGAGGAGAACUUUGGCAAGAAUGUGGUUAAGGCCUACUACUCCAGCGGUGUCUUGUAUGAUAUAUUGCUCACUUUUGGCGAGCUGAGUGAGGAGGCUUUGCACAAUCGCAAGUACGCCAAAUACAAGGCAGCAUAUAUACACAAUUGCUUAAAGAAUGGCGAAACACCCAUACCCGGUCCUUUUCCCGAUGACGAAGAAGUUGAGGGCACUGAUGACAAUGAAGCCAGCGGAAGUAAUGGAUCUGCUGCCGCUCCUCCUACUCCACCAUCUGUGGACUCGGCAGCUCCAAAAGAGCCAGAGGAAACGCAGCCAACUUUGCCGCCAACACCUUCGCCACCAGCUCCACAUAUUACACCGCCCACAGCCGAGGAAGUGCUGAACAAUCCAAACAAACUACCAAGUCCACCAGUUGAGGAGGAAAAGCCAGGCGGCUUUGAGCCUUAUGUGCCCAAUGCGCAGCCAAAUGCAGCCGCCUAUCAGCCCAUCAUACCAGUUGCUGGCGUUCACAUUACCCCAGAUCAAAUGAUCACAGCCCAAAAGUAUUGCAAAUAUGCUGGCAGCGCUCUCAACUAUGAUGAUGUCAAGACGGCCAUUGAAAAUUUGCAAAAAGCCCUAAAGUUGCUCAGCACAGGCUCUGAAUAAAUAUUAUGAUUACUAUAACGCACCUAUUUUGACCAGAUAUAAUACUAUAUUUAAUCUCAAAUGUUGCUGGCCGCUAAACAAUUGAAAUUUCGCUUAUUAAACCCACAUUGAUAAACCAAAACACGACUGACGUUGAGGCAUU